AUGGCUGAGGGGAGCGAGCUGAUGAACAGGCUCAUGAGUGAGAACGCAGACCUGAAGAAGCAGGUGCGCCUCUUGAAGGAGAACCAGAUGCUGAAGCGGCUGCUCAGUGAGAGCUGUCAGGAGAGCUGUGGCCGUGGUGGCCGGGACCUCCUCUUCCCCAAGGCCCCCACCUACCCCGAGGCCUGCUCCCCGGGGAGUGGAGGUCCAGACUUCGGGAGGUUUGCCAGCGUCCCGGACACGCCUGCCCAGCUGCAGACGUCCUCCCUGGAGGACCUGCUGUGCUCCCACGCACCCCUCUCCAGUGAGGACGAGGCCUCUCCCGGCUGCGCGACCUCCUCCCAGGUGUCCUUCAAGGCCUUCCUCAACGCUCCAGAGCUGUGUGCCCGCGGCUCCGACAGGAAGCUGUCCCCGGUUCUGAGUCCCCUGCAGGACCCCCUGGUGGACAAGACCCUGAUGGAGCCCAGGGAGAUGGCCCGGCCUAAGAAGGUGUGCUUCUCAGAGAGUAGCCUGCCCACGGGGGACAGAACCCGGAGGAGCUACUACCUUAACGAGCUCCCCUGCUUCGCGGGCGCGGAGAAGGACGGCCGCAUCGUGGGUGAGAUCGCCUUCCAGCUGGACCGGCGCAUCCUGGCCUACGUGUUCCCGGGCGUCACGCGGCUCUACGGCUUCACCGUCUCCAACAUCCCGGAGAAGAUCCCGCAGACCUCCAUCAAGUCCCUGGACGGCUCGGUGGAUGAGAAGAAGCUGCGCGAGCUGACGCACCGCUACCUGACGCUGACGGCGCGGCUGGAGAAGCUGGGGUACAGCCGCGAGGUGCACCCCGUGUUCAGCGAGUUCCUCAUCAACACGUACGGCAUCCUGCGGCAGCGCCCGGACCUGCGCGCGCACCCGCUGCACAGCAGCCCCGCCGCGCUGCGCAAGCUGGUCAUCGACGUGGUGCCGCCCAAGUUCCUGGGCGACUCGCUGCUGCUGCUCAACUGCCUGUGCGAGCUCUCCAAGGAGGACAGCAAGCCGCUCUUCGCCUGGUGA